AUGUCUCUCGAUAAUCCCAUCACAGCUCUCUAUAAAGAGAUCGACGGCAGCAAGAUCACGACGGAUCUGUACUUGCCGCCGAGUACCGCCACGUCACCGCAGAAAUAUCCCGUUGUGAUCAAUAUCCAUGGUGGCGCCUUCAUGCUCGGGACCUCCCGCAUGGUCUCCAUGCCCCAGGUCAACGACUGUCUUGAGCGUGGAUGGAUCGUGCUUGUCCCAAACCACCGGCUCUGUCCGGGAGUGAAUCUGCUCGAGGGUCCGAUGCAGGAUAUUCGUGAUUUGUUGGCGUGGGUGCAUGUCGGCCAUCUGGACACCGUGUUGGAGAAGCACGGCCCAUAUCAAGCGGACCUGGAUAAUGUUGCGGCAUUUGGAACGUCUUCGGGGGGAACAUUAGCAUUGGGCUUGGGCUUCAAUGUCCCCAUGCCUGCUAAAGCCAUUCUCUCACUCUACGGUGCCGUCCACUUUACCUCUCCCCUCUGGACCAAGCCAAUCCCGCACGUCGCCGCCAAACUGCCCUCCUCCCUUACUCCAGAGUUCAUCAACCAAGUCUACAGCGAGCACCCCAUCCCCACCGACAGCACCGUCUCCCUCGAAGGCCAAACCGAGUCCGGCGCCUCUAAGGGUCCCAAUUUCGCCCGCCCCCGCGACGCCUUCGCCUUCACCCAGAUUGCGGGCGGCACCGUACUCAAUGCCAUCUACCCGCCCGCCGCAGCGGGCACCGAUCCCACCUUCGCCCAGGUCGACCCAGCGCAGAAUAUAUCGGCCUCGUUCCCCCCGACGUAUAUCGUGCACGGACAGUCUGACACGAUGGUACCGAUCGAUCUGAGCCGCGAGUUGUUGGCCCGCUUGCAGGCCGCCGACGUGCGCUGCGGGAUGACUGAAGUGCCUGGUGAAGAGCACACGUUUGCAGCUAUGAUGAAGGUCGGAUCACAGACGUGGUGGUUGCAGCGAGAGGGCUUCGAUUUCUUGGAGAGCGUGAUUGGGAAGGGACCGCAAGCGAUGUAA